AUGAUGCUUAUCCCGUCGCUACAAGGACACCUUGAAGCGGCCAUAGAUCAACCGAAGGACUUGGGAAGACCUCGCACUAAACUCACCGCGCUGAAGAAGAGCUGUGAAGAAUGGAAUAGCCACCUACCAGGCCAACCGAAUCGCCGCUGUCAAGGCCGAAAGAGAAGCACUCAUGUCUCAGUCCCCCCUGACCCGCAACGUCAACCCCCAACCCCUCCCAACAUGUCCGCGCUGACGAAGAACAUUCUGCGCACUGCUCGGUCUCGUCAGUCAUCUCCGGACUCAGUACACCAGCCCGACAACCCAACUGCUGUCACUCCGACCGCCCCUGAUCCGACGCCCACGGCGUCUACUACGACGAUCGCCCUCACCGCUGAUACCCAGCCUCCCUGUAUCCCCGUCACUGUCGACCACCGCCACCUCCGUCAUUCCUGCCACAACCUCCGCGACGACGCCGACGACGACGACGGCAGCGGCGGCGGCUUGGGCGGCGGAGGCGGCCAUUAA